UCCUUGUCAUUACUAAAGUUAGGUUUUCUUUUCUAUCAAGUGUCUUAUUGUGCGAGGUGGUGUUGAAGAGUUUUAAUUAUUUAAAGAACAAUAUGCAGUUGUGCUUAAGAGGAAGUUCCACUCAUUUCCUUGAGUGUCAAGGAUCUGAAACUAUCGGUGAAGUUAGGGAACGUAUUGCCUCUUUGGAAACCCUUAAAGCAUCUGAGAUCAGUUUAUAUGCUGCUGGAGCUCCAGUUUCAGAUGACAGACUCGUAUCAGAUUUUAUAGACGUAGACAUUGAACUUACUGUAGGCCUUCCUGGUGGUAAAGUUCACGGAUCUUUAGCUCGUGCAGGUAAAGUAAAAGGUCAGACUCCAAAAGUAGAAAAACAGGAAAAGAAAAAGAAGAAGACAGGAAGAGCUAAGAGACGUAUUCAAUACAACAGACGAUUUGUCAAUGUAGUAGCAUCUUUUGGACGUAGACGAGGACCAAACUCUAACUCCGCCCCAGGAUCCUAAGUCAUUAUUUUUCUUUUUAUCUCAACAAAUCCAAAUGUGAUGUUGAUCUAAAAGAUUAAAGCUAAUUUUUAUUUAUAA